GAAUUUCGUAUUAUAGAUUUUGCCUUUAUGCGUUCACGUCGUUGAGGAAAACCCAAAAAAACGAGAGUGAGACAUAAAAGGAAAAAGAAGAAAAAUGCAAGAGAGAAAACGAAGGAAAAAAAGUGUUGCAAAGGCGAAGGAGUGAUUGUUAAUGUUGGAUGUAAUUUCCUUGCAUUGCGAGAAGGAGAGGUUUAAAGGUCUGCCAUUGUAUAGCUUUUCUUCUGCAAUGGCGUUUUGCUUCAUUGUGACCUCUUCCCUCACCCGUUCAUUUCCUAUAAAAACGAAUUAAAUUUCAUAUAAAAAAGGCAUUUUGAUAACAAAUUCUCCGCUGUUGUAGAGAAAAGGGAGAGAUACAUUUGGUACGGUUAGAGAGAGGAGCGAGCGAGGGAGAGAAACAGAGAGAGAGGGGGGGAAGAGCUAGGAGUGUGAAAGUGAGGCAGGGAUUUGGAGGAAAACUUGGGAUGGCAAUUUGUUUCGCAUUGUCUUGUGGAAGGAUCUAGGGUUUAUUGGCUCUGCCUCGGAUCUGAAUCUAACCAGAAAAAAUGGUUGCUCCAUCCAGUAUUCUUGUUGGAUCUCAUGUUUGGGUGGAGGACCCAGAUGUAGCUUGGAUAGAUGGAGAAGUAAAGGAAGUUAAGGGGGAAGAGAUUACAGUAGAUUCUACAUCAGGGAAGACAAUUGUUGCCAAAACAUCUAAUGUCUAUCCAAAGGACCCUGAAUUUCCUUCAUGUGGUGUUGAUGAUAUGACAAGGCUAGCAUAUUUGCAUGAACCUGGGGUUUUGCAGAAUUUAAAAUGCCGAUAUGAUAUCAAUGAAAUAUAUACCUACACAGGAAAUAUAUUGAUUGCUGUAAAUCCUUUUCGAAGACUGCCACAUUUAUACAGCAGUCAUAUGAUGGAACAAUACAAAGGGGCAGCUUUUGGUGAGCUGAGCCCACAUCCGUUUGCUGUUGCAGAUGCUUCAUAUAGACACAUGAUCAAUGAGGGGAUAAGCCAAUCAAUUUUGGUAAGUGGGGAAAGUGGAGCCGGUAAAACAGAGAGUACAAAGAUGCUUAUGCGCUAUCUAGCCUAUAUGGGAGGGAGAGUUAGCAAGGCAGAGGAACGCUCUGUGGAGCAGAAGGUCUUGGAGUCUAAUCCUGUUCUGGAAGCCUUUGGCAAUGCAAAGACUGUCAGAAACAAUAAUUCAAGUCGCUUUGGCAAGUUUGUGGAAAUUCAGUUUGAUCCAAGGGGCCAAAUUUCUGGAGCUGCAAUAAGGACUUACUUGCUAGAACGAUCUCGUGUUUGUCAGGUGUCUGACCCGGAGAGAAACUAUCAUUGCUUUUAUAUGCUUUGUGCUGCACCGCCGGAGGAAGUUGAGAAGUACAAAUUGGGAAAUCCACGAACUUUUCAUUAUUUAAACCAGUCAAAUUGUUAUGAGCUGGAUGGCGUAGAUAGUUGUAAAGAGUAUCUUUUAACUAAGAGGGCUAUGGAUGUUGUUGGUAUCAGUCAGGGGGAGCAGGAUGGAAUAUUCCGAGUUGUGGCUGCAAUUCUUCAUUUAGGAAAUAUUGAGUUCAAAAAGGGACAGGAAAUAGAUUCUGCUGAACCUAAGGAUGAUAAAUCUCGGUUCCAUCUAAAAACCGCAGCAGAGCUAUUAAUGUGUAAUGAGAAGGCUCUUGAAGACUCCCUAUGCAAACGUGUUAUGGUGACUCGUGAUGAGAGCAUUACAAAAUCGCUUGACCCUGUUUCAGCAGCUCUCAGCAGAGAUGCUUUGGCAAAAAUUGUUUAUUCAAAAUUAUUUGACUGGCUUGUGGACAAGAUAAAUGUUUCUAUUAGUCAGGAUCCUGAAUCAAAAUCGUUGAUUGGUGUUCUGGAUAUUUAUGGAUUUGAGAGUUUCAAGACAAACAGUUUUGAGCAAUUUUGCAUCAAUUUGACAAAUGAAAAGCUGCAGCAGCAUUUUAAUCAGCAUGUUUUUAAGAUGGAGCAGGAAGAAUACAAGAAAGAAGAAAUUGACUGGAGUUAUAUAGAAUUUAUUGAUAAUCAAGAUAUCCUUGAUCUUAUUGAAAAGAAACCUGGUGGCAUCAUAGCUCUUCUUGAUGAGGCUUGUAUGUUCCCCAGAUCAACACAUGAGACAUUUGCUCAAAAGCUUUAUCAGACUUUUAAAGACAAUAAACGCUUCAGUAAGCCUAAGCUGUCACGCACUGACUUCACCAUUUGUCAUUAUGCUGGUGAUGUUACUUACCAGACUGAGCUCUUCCUGGAUAAGAACAAAGAUUAUGUUGUUUCAGAGCAUCAAGCUCUGCUGAAUGCUUCAGAAUGCUCUUUUGUUUCAAGCUUGUUUCCUCCUUCACCCGAGGAAUCUUCCAAAACAACAAAGUUCUCCUCAAUAGGUUCCUCCUUCAAGCAACAACUCCAAGCUUUGCUUGAGACUUUGAGUGCCACGGAACCACACUACAUUCGUUGUGUGAAGCCCAAUAAUGCUCUUAAACCAGGAAUAUUUGAGAACCAAAAUGUGCUACAACAACUUCGAUGUGGGGGAGUGAUGGAGGCAAUUAGAAUUAGUUGUGCUGGAUUUCCCUCUCGAAAGUCAUUUCGUGAAUUUGUAGCUCGAUUUUCCCUUCUGGCUCCAGAGGUUCUCUCUAAGCGAAAUAAUUAUACUGAGGUCACUGCUAGCAAGAAGAUUCUGGAGAAGAGUAAGCUCAGUGGUUAUCAGAUUGGUAAAACGAAAGUUUUUCUUAGGGCUGGUCAGAUGGCAGAGCUAGAUGCAUUGCGAACUGAGAUUUUAGGAAGAUCAGCAAGUCUGAUACAGAGAAAAGUCCGUACGUACUUGUGUCGGAAACGCUUUAUUUUGUUGCGGUUAUCUGCCAUACAAAUUCAAGCCUUGUGUAGAGGACAAGUAGCACGCCAUCAGUAUGAGGAAAUGAGAAGAGAAGCUGCUGCUCUGAAUAUUCAAAAACAUUUACGCAAGUUUCUUGCAAGGAAAGCAUACAAGAAUUUGUACUUCUCAGCUGUUUCUAUUCAAACAGGUAUGCGUGGGAUGAUUGCUCGUAGUGAGCUUCUGUCCAGAAAGCAGACAAGAGCUGCAACUGUAAUUCAGAGUCACUGUCGACGAUUCUUGGCCAACCGUCGUUAUCUAUGGUUAAAGAAAGCAGCAAUUACUACACAAUGUGCCUGGAGAGCAAGGGUUGCACGUAAAGAAUUACGGAAGCUAAGAAUGGCCGCCAGGGAAACUGGUGCUCUUCAAGAAGCCAAAACUAAGCUGGAAAAGGAAGUUGAAGAACUUACAUGGCGCUUGCAACUAGAGAAACGAACGAGGGUUGACCUUGAGGAAUCAAAAAAACAGGAAAGUGCAAGGUUUGAAUCUACUUUACAAAAGAUGCAACUUGAGUUUGAGGAAUCCAAGAAAAAGGAAAAGUUGCUAAUCAAAGAACGUGAAGCUGCAAAGAAAAUUGCUGAACAAGUUCCUGCGGUUCAGGAGAUCCCAGUUAUUGACGAUGAAUUAGUAAACAAACUUACUGCUGAAAAUGAACAGCUGAAGGCUCUGGUAAGUACCUUAGAACAGAAAAUUAAUGAAACAGAGAGGAAAUAUGAAGAAACAAAAAAGCUUAGUGACGAGCGGCUAAAGCAAACUUUGGAGGCAGAGUCAAAGAUAAUUGAGCUCAAAACUACAGUGCAGAGGCUUGAAGAAAAGAUUUUGGACAUGGAAACUGACCAGAAAUCACAGCAGCAAGCGUUGCUGAGUACACCAAGUAGAAAAAUGCCAGAGCCUCUGGAAAAUGGUCAUCAUGCACAACUGAGUUCUGGUCCAUCAACAAGGCUUGGUAGAGAAGACAGUAAAUUGAGGAGAUCCCAAACUGAAAAGCAGCAGCCGGAGAGUGUAGAUGACCUACUCAAAUGUGUGGCACAGAAUCUUGGGUUCAGUCAAGAAAAGCCUGUUGCAGCAUUUACCAUAUACAAAUGCCUUCUCCACUGGAAGUCAUUUGAAGCUGAAAAGACAAGUGUUUUUGAUCGUCUUAUUGAGGUGAUGGGCUCUGCACUAGAGGAUCAGGACAACAAUGAUCACAUGGCUUAUUGGCUGUCAAACACAUCUUCAUUGUUGUUUUUGCUUCAACGUAGUCUGAAAGCCUCUGGUUCAAUGCAGAAACCACCUGCUGGAGCAUCAUUCUUUGCAAGGAUGACCAAAAGUUUCCGUUCAUCUUCUGCCAAUCUUCAAGCUGGAGUACUGAGCCAGGUUGAGGCCAAGUAUCCAGCUCUUCUUUUUAAGCAGCAGCUCUCAGCUUAUGUGGAAAAGAUAUAUGGAAUCAUUAGAGACAACUUGAAAAAGAACCUGUCACCACUUAUAUCUGGUUGCAUUCAGGUACCUAGGAUAUCAAAAGGAGCUGCUUUUCAAAAGUGUGAAGGGUUACAAGGCUAUCAUUCUCCAGCUGGUCUCUGGCAGAGCAUUAUUGAGUGUCUGAACAAGAUGAUGGGCACAUUGAAAGACAAUUUUGUGCCUCCAAUACUUGUUCAGAAUAUUUUCACUCAAACGUUUGCAUAUAUUAAUGUACAGCUCUUUAAUAGCCUUCUUCUCCGUCGAGAAUGCUGCACAUUUAGCAACGGGGAGUAUGUGAAAUCUGGCUUAGCUGAAUUGGAACUAUGGUGUGCCGAAGCAGACGUUGAGUAUGUAGGCCCAUCAUGGGAUGAACUCAAACACACAAGGCAAGCUGUUGGAUUCUUGGUUAUAAAUCAGAAAUCCAAAAUAUCCUUUGAUGAAAUAUCAAAAGACCUAUGUAGUGCUUUGAGUGUUCAACAACUUUAUAGGGUAUGUACGCUUUAUAGGGAUGACAACUACAACACUCAAAGUGUUUCACCAGAUGUUCUUGCCCACAUGAAAGAACUUAUGUCAGAUGAUACCGAAGAUGAUGGUGGUAGCUCCUUCCUGUUGGAGGACGAUAUCAGCAUUCCAUUCACAAUGGAGGACAUUUCUAAUUGCCAUCAAGUAAAAGAGUUUGCAUCAGUAAGACCCGCCGAAGAACUUAUGACGGAUCCAGCCUUCCAAUUUUUACAGGAUUAAGGUACCGGUUCUACCAUCGUUACAUUUUUCCAUUCACUGCAUUCUUUGAUUUUUUUUGUCAUCUAGAGUUGAACAGAAAAGAAAAAGGUCAACUUCAUGGCAGUGCUGCCGCACAUUAACUACAAAUGUUAUACUUUCUUUGUAACAUCCAUUGCCCAAAAUGUAAGUAAUUCUUAGAGUUCUUUAGGUAGUUAAUUUGGUCAUUUCUCUUCAGCAUCUUUUUGGUACUGAAUGGUCUAGAGGAAGAGAGUUGAUUAUUAAUGUAGUGGAGCUUUUCAAAGAUGUUUUUUAAUUCCCAAAUUUUCAUCUUGUACAAAGUAACAACUAGCAUAAGUAUUUACUUUUA